AUGUGCAAGCUCACUAUAACUGCAGGUCUCUGUUUGAUCAUCACCAGCUUGGUCUCUUCCACCAAGCUGGUGUGUUACUACAACAGUGAUGCUGAAGAUAGAGUGGAACAAGGGAAGUUCACAGUUUCAGAUAUCAAUCCGAAUCUGUGUACCCAUCUGAUCUAUGCCUUUGCUGACAUUAACUACAGACACAGGCUGGUCCCCAGCUGUGCAACUGACAUAAAACGCUAUCAGUCCUUUAAUGGACUCAAAACCAGAAAUCCUCGGCUCAAAACCCUGCUGGCGGUUGGUGGCUUGAACUUUGACAAACAAAAAUUCAGUAAAAUGGUGUCAACACAACAAAAAAGAGCAAAGUUCAUUCUAUCAGCUAUCACACUACUGAGAACAAAUGGGUUUGAUGGGCUAAACCUUGACUGGAGGUACCCCGGAGGAGCUGGAAGCCAAUCACAGGACAAGCAGAGAUUCACACUGCUGUGCAAGGAGCUCAAAGAGGCCUUUGUGGCUGAGGGAAUCAAAACUGGCCGUGACAGAUUAAUCGUCACUGCUAGUGUCUCUGCUGAGAAAGCAACCAUCGAUGCCAGUUAUGAAGUCGCACAGAUUGCCAUGCACCUGGAUUUCAUUAAUGUGUUGACAUAUGACUUUCACGGCCCCUGGGAAAAUGUCACAGGACAUCACAGCCCCUUAUUCAACGGAUCCCAAGACACUGGAGACAAAAUCUACUUGAACACUAACUAUGCCAUGCUGUACUGGCACAACCAGGGAGCACCUACAAAAAAGCUAAUCUUGGGGUUAGCGUCAUAUGGGCGGUCUUUUAACCUCUCCUCUGCAUCCAGUGAUGUUGGAGCACCAGCCAAUGGUCCUGGUGAAGAACGCCGCUUCACUGGUGAAGAAGGAUUCUGGGCCUAUUAUGAGACUUGCCUUUAUCUGGAAAGAGUGACAGUCCAGUUGAUUAAUGAUCAGAAAGUUCCAUAUGCCACCACAGAAAAUCAGUGGGUUGGAUUUGACAACGAAUACAGCCUUGAUAUUAAGGUCAGUUACCUAAAAACUAACAACUUUGGAGGAGCCUUUGUCUGGUCUCUGGACCUGGAUGACUUUAGUGGACAGUUCUGUAAACAAGGCAACUACACCUUCAUCAGCCACCUGCAUACGCUCCUAGUUCCAGGUUAUCCUGACCUUACCGAUGCAACUACAACUCCCACAACCAUUCCGACACGUACUGGAAACCCCUGUAAAGGAAGGAGCAAUGGGCUCUACCCCAAACUUGAUGACCCAAAUUCUUUUUACAACUGUGCUGUCUCCUACUACAACAACUUCUCCUACUACCACCAUAACUCACUCUACCACAACAACUUCUCCAACUACAACCACAACUCCCCUCACCACAACAACUCUGACACAUACUUUAACCCCAUCAACUUCUCCUACUACCACCAUAACUCACUCUUCCACAACAACUUCUCCUACUACAACCACAACUCCCCUCACCACAACAACUCUGACACAUACUUUAAACCCAUAAACCACACAGUCUCCUACUACAACAACUUCUCCUACUACCACCAUAACUCACUCUACCACAACAACUUCUCCAACUACAACCACAACUCCCCUCACCACAACAACUCUGACACAUACUUUAACCCCAUAAACCACACAGUCUCCUACUACAACAACUUCUCCUACUACCACCAUAACUCACUCUACCACAACAACUUCUCCAACUACAACCACAACUCCCCUCACCACAACAACUCUGACACAUACUUUAAACCCAUGUAA